UUGUGUGUCAUUUCUAGUAUUUACCGUAUUUACGUAUCCAUAGUUAUAGACAAGUGUAGUACUGUGCAUAAUUUCAUCAGAAAAUUUGCAUUUCUACCUGCUAUUUAUCAUGUCAAAAGGAAAGAUAUAGAUAGUCUGCAAUGCCAUGAACAUUUUAACGUAAAAUAUGGUGUUCUUACAAUCGCGCGUGCUAUUAUGCUUCUUGCGUUCGAAAGCUACAACUAGAAAUCUUAUUUCUCGAAAUGUUUCCAAUAAACCGCCACUUUCCUUUUGUUUUAAAAUGGGUAUUGUUGAUGAUAAAUGGCUAAAUGAAAUUUUAAAAAGAAGGCGCGAAGAGAACGACGUUAAACCUGACAGUACAGGUUAUGUAGAUAAUUUAGAAGAUCACGUUUCUGUAAACACUGAUGUAAACAAUAAAAAUAAUAGUAACAUAAUAGAAAUAUCGGACAACUCACAACACGAGGAUCUUAUUGCAUUCUUAGAAAAAAAUAAGCAUAAGUGUAACAAUACUUUAGAAGAUAUAAAUGUACCAGGACCAUUUGAUGUUUGCACAGAAGAUCUUUCUCAUCUUGGACCUUGUAUAGAACCGACAUAUAAUUUUGCAGCAUUUGCCGAUAAAUCAUACACAAUUCAACAACUAGUUAAAUUAGGAGUAGAUUUACAUAAAAUAGAAAAACAAAGAGAAGCGGUAGAACUGCUUCUAAGCUUGGAUUUUGAUAAAGAUGUAAAACCAUACUUAACGUUUUUAAAUAACUGUGGCGUAAUAGCAACAAAUUUUGGUAAAUUCAUUACCAAAUAUCCUACAAUUUUCAAAGUGGACAUGGACGAUCUUCACACAAGAAUAAGAUAUUUAAGGGCGCACAGUUUUACUCCGGAGAUGAUACAAUCAAUAUUAAAUCGCAAUCCUUUAUGGAUGUCCCUCUCAACGAAAGUAUUAGAUUAUAGAUUAGGUUAUUUUCAACAUGUUUUCCAACUGAAUGGUCAUAAAAUAAGACUUUUAUCUCUACAUACCCCGAAGCUUGUAACGUAUAAUUGGGAUCAUGUAAAAACGAGUACUUUUGUCAUAAAAGAGGAAAUGGGUUUCAAUCUAGAAGAAAUGCAACUUCUCUUGCUUAAUCGAGGACGUUUGUGGCUCGGAGGCAGGGGGAAAAUAAUUCAAAGUUUCAAUUAUGCUCAUAAUGAAAUGAACUUAUCGCAUAAAAUUUUAUCUCGGCAAUCGGAGAUUUUAGUAUGUAGAAUGUGCAGACUCGAGCAAAGGCAUAGAUUUUUAGUAGAAUUAAAAAAGAACCAGUACGAUCCUUUGAAACCAUUAUACGUAUCGCCGGCAGCUGUAGUCGCCGGCACUGAUGUAGAAUUUUGUAAAAAUGUAGCAAAAAGUUCUAUUCAGACGUAUAACAUGUUUCUAAAGUCUAUGUAAUGUUGAAACAAUAAUUU